AUGGGCUUACCCCAUCUCACCCGGGAGAAGCAGGCUGGUGUGGAGCACUGGCAGCAAGGCUCUCAGAUCACGGAAGGCGAUGGUGAGGAGCCGCCAGCUGGUGAUGAUCAUGGUGUUAGGGCUCAUCCUAGUCUGUUUGAGGUGGCCAUGUUCGAGGAAGAUUACCAUGACUACCCCGACUGGACCAAUUCCCUCUUCGAUGAUGAUCAUUGUUACAAGAAUGAGGAGGACGUCGAUGACGACGACCACGAUGAUCUUGAUAUUCUUGACGCACUCGAUGAGCCAUCUGUCAUCGAGAUCAUAAGGACCAAGCGGGAGGUUGAAGGUCUGGAGUUCAAUAUGGACGAUGACAUCGAUGAGGCUUGUGACAUGUUCAUUAGGAGGUUCCGAAGCCGGAUGAACAGGAGCUUUAGUGAUUUUUGUAUUAGGGAAUAG